UCGAGUGCGGGACUCUUCGUGCUGCGCCGAGUCCUCUCCGAGAAGAAGCAUGGCAUCGACCGAUGCUGCCUCGCUGCUUCCCGAGAACCUCUCGCUGGGCGGCGGGCACCCCGCGCCGCCGCCGGGCUCCGCGUACCUGGGGGGCGACAGCCGGGGUUCGUCGCCCUGCGGUCCGGACCUGCCGCCGCCCCUGCCGCCGGCGUUCAACGCGGCCGCGCUCUGCGACCAAUUCUGCUCGGUGAUCAACGGCUUCCGCGGCGGCCUCGACCCGCUGUCGUCGGCCGCGGCGGCGGCGGCGCGACUCAAGAGCCCGUCGCGGUCGGUGGCCGCGGACGCGACCGACUGUCGCCUCAUCGAGUACCGCGGCGAGAAGGUGGCCGCGUUCGCGUACCGCGGCGAGUACCUGCUGUGCCUGCCGCAGGCGUUCGAGCUGUUCCUCAAGCACCUGGUUGGAGGCCUGCACACCGUUUACACCAAGCUCAAGCGGCUGGGCAUCAGCCCCAUCGUGUGCAACGUGGAGCAGGUGCGCGUACUGCGCGGACUGGGCGCCAUCCAGCCCGGCGUGAACCGGUGCAAGCUGCUGUCGUGCAAGGACUUCGACUCGCUCUACAAGGACUGCACCACUGCCAGACAACAGACGGGAGAAGGACGAAGAGCAUCACUACCGGGUCGACCACCGAAGCGUGCCUCCCUGGUGGGCCUCGGCGGUCGCUCGGGCUACCCUCCGCUGCUCAAGCCGGGAGGCGAGAUGGACUACGACGCGGCCAUCAAGUCCGAGAAUGUUCGUUGCGCGGAGGAAGCAGAACUGAACAUCCCAGCCGUGUUAUUCAAGAUGUGGAGCCAAGGUGCCCGUCCGGCUGUGCACUCGGACAAGAUGUCGGCGAGCAGCGCGGCGGCCGCGUACCAGGCGGCGCUGGGCGUCUCUCCGCUGGAGCAGCAGGCCCUGGGCAUGCUGGGCCUAAGUGCUCACGGCGCUGCCCACCCGUCGGCCACUGCCGCUGCCGCAGCGGCCGCAGCCUAUCAGAGGCACCUGCUGGCAGGGGGACUGGCGCUGCCGCUGGCCGCCGCAGGCAUGGCGCAGCUGGGACGUCCCGUCGGCGGACACGAAAAGCUCAGGCAACAGCAACAGCAGCAGCAACAACAACAACAUCAUCAACAGCAACAGCAGCAGCAGCAACAACAACAACAACAACAAGCCUUGGCACACGGGCUGGACCUGUGCAGUCCCAGAAACAGCGACGAAUACUGCGAGAAGGAGAAGAUGCGUGGGUCGGAUCCGAACAGAAGAUCAAUGAGUCCAGGAUGGCCUCCGGGAGAACACGACCUUGGUUCGGCGCUCAAUUUGUCGCAAAAUGGUGGCAUGCCGUCGCGCGACAGAGACUCCGCUGACGGCCACCAGAGGGCGAGGGACGACGAUGAAAUGCAAGCAGAGUCGGACUACGCUGACGACCGGGAGCAAGGUAUAGACUACCUUCGGAACUUGGCGUCUCAUCUCGCUCUCGUUCAGCGCGGCCAACUCCAAACCAAACUUGACUCGGCAGGGACCCACUUUCGUGACCUGAGUGGCGAGGACUCGGAAGCGAGCCUGUCGAGCUCCGGUGGCGGCGGCAUAAAGCGCAGCUCGUCGCAGGACGGCGAGGCACAGCUCUUCAUGGAACGCGCUGGUCUGCUGGCAGCACGGGGCAUGGGCUCCGUCGAGACCCUCCUGCAGAACAUUCUCGGCUUGCUCAAGGUGGCCGAGGAGAACGCCAGGCAGCAGGAGCAGCAGGUCCACAUGGAGAGAGCGGAACUAAAAGUGGAAAUCCUUCGGGAGCGAGAACUCAGAGAAGGCCUUGAGAAGAAACUUCAGGAGGAACAAACCAAAAGAGUGUUCUACCAGAAACGGCUUCGACGCGAGAAGCGCUGCCGGCGACAGGUGCAAGACCAGCUGGAAGGCGAAGUCAAGAAGAGGGCCCGGUGCGAGGAAGCGCUCCGCUCCACGCUCGUGGAAUCGCAGCAGACGCCCAAAGAAACAUUACAGGAUGAAAUCAAGAGCGAGGAUACUAUCGCCAUGGAGUCAGACAACAGUGUUAAGAGCCGAUAGGUCUAGCGACACCGACGUGCGUCCGCAAUGCAAGCGCACGCUAUGGACACCAAUCUAGCCGGAGGCAGUGGCUCAUCGAGUGCGAAGGACAGCGUCGACAACGUGCGCGUCUUCGAAGCGAUGCCAAGUCUCCGGUCUCGUCGACAUAUCGACUGGACAGUAGUGCGUGCAGCCAUAUCAAGACUGGUUCUUGUGCGGAAACCAGCCAGUGCGUGUUUUCUUUUUGUUUUCUUUUUUUUUCUUUUUUUUUUUCUUGUGCGAUGGUGGCACGGACAGCGCGAGCAGCGCGUAUCUCUCGCAUUGCUGCUGUUGCCAUCGGAUCGGACACUGCACAGAGCUUGCCCACUGAGAACAUCCGGGUUCACUCCGCAUAACAACGAGUUUGCUGCACCAAACCCGAUCAUCACCGCACGAUGAUAGACUGACUGACUCACUGACUGACUUGUGUCAAUUCGCUGCUGGAACACCGGAGCGAAGAACUGUCUCUGUCGCCUGCAAUGAACCCUUGGUGUGUUUGUGUGUGUGUCAACUUGCUGUAAAGGGUCGCGCUGCCUCGGUAAAAGAGGCCGGAGACUGCAUGCUCCGCUAGUUAAGGGUAGAGAGCAAUUGUUCACAAUUGUGUGCGUUGGUCAGCGUAGCGGUGGUCUACUGUAGAAUGGCGUGAAAGACACACGAUGAGCCAACCUGAGCUUGCGUUCUGUCACUUUGCGUUAAGGGUUCAGCAGCGUGAACAAUUCGCGGCGCUUGACACGAGUGCGUGCUUACGGAGCCAAUGUCACACCUCGAAACGUACCACCGAUCCCUGGACAAUUUUCACUCACGAAAUACCUAACAUACGAACGGUAUGAAGCACGCGAGGCGAGCGGCACGGUGGCGUGCAGUAUUUGACCGCACAGCCGGUUGCAGAUCACGUGUUUGUGUGUGCUGUAACAACGCUUGAUUGUGUCUGCACGGUGUUGUUCUGGUCGUGAAACUUAACGAGGGCUUAACAAAGACAAAGAAGUAGAGUAGUUAUAUACUGCACAGUGUUUCGACGUGGAGGCGUUUCAUUUUCGCCGUGAGACACCUGCCGUAAAGGCAUGUGCGUUUUUUUGCCGGUGACCCAAGCGGAAUAUCUAACUUGGACAAUAAUUUGUAUAUUUAUUCUCUCCGUAUCCCUCGCUGGAUUCUAAGAGCGAGUACUUGAGUCACGUAUAGAACUUCGAGAUGUUCAACGUUGCGCUGGCAUCGCUGAAGUGUGUAGUAGGGCCAACUGGUUUUCACGUGUGUGUCUGUUCUGUUUGUGUUCUGUGUACGAUAAACUUUGAGAAUCUGAAACACGGACUCGAGUUAAUUGCUGAAUGUUUUGCACUCACAGAAAAGGAAACAAUGCUGGCUGAACACACUUUUCAUUCUUUA